GGCUUUAUCCCAUGGUAUUCUACAAAACGGAUCCCUGAAAAGGCCAAAGCCUGCUCUCCUGAAGUCCAGGAAUCCAUUGUGUUUCCAGUAACGUACCUUAACAUUUCCAAGGAUUUGGCUCUUCAGCAGCUCCUGGUGGAAUGGGAUGUUGGCAAGUCAGCCCAUGAUGCUGAGCUGGCAAUGUCUUUUGAAAUACAAGUCCAUCGAACAGAUGAAAAUACUACUGUAUGGACAGAGUUCCAUAACAUCACACUUGAUAGAUCAGGAAAGUCUCUUCGUUGGAUAUGGGAUUCAGAUUUACCGUUGGAGUGUAUGUCACACUCAGUGAGAAUCAGGAGCAAAGCAGAAGCAUCAAAAAUCUGGAGUCAGUGGAGUCUGUGGGAGACUGUCCUGGGCCUGGACACUUCAAAUAACAGUGGACCACAAAUCUUUCCAGAUGAAAAAAUUGUAGAGGAAGGCUCUGACAUCACACUUUGUUGCAUUGGAAGGAAAGGUCAAAUCAUUAAGGAUUUCAUUCUAGCCACAGAUGUUCAUGUUUUGAAUCACACAAGCAGUCAAGGUCAAGUCAGACUUCUCACUGUGAAAAACGUGGCACAUCACGUGCCUCACAUCAGUGUCUGCUGUCAGGAGUCUUCCAAUGGAGACCGAUACUGUGAUUAUGCAGUAUUUUUUGUGGGUAAACCGCCUGAUACACCUAAUGAUUUUUCCUGCCAAACUCAAGACAUGAAAAUAGUAACAUGUACUUGGAGCCAAGGAGGAGACACCUAUCUUUAUGGACGUUAUUCAUCAAAAUACACCUUGUUUGAAGAGUUUUCCCAAAAACCGGUUCUGUGCACAGUAAGUUGUUCUGAGCGGUGCUCGUGUUCUUGGAAUAUAGGCCAGCAGAGGAUCUGUAAUAUCACGUUGACUGUGGAAAACCCACUGGGAAAGAAAACUGCCACGGAUGUUUUUGAUGUAACUCACAGAAUUUAUCCUGCUGCACCUUUACAGCUGUGGGAAGAAUGCACAGGUACAGAAAUCACAUUAUAUUUGGAACAUCAAAACAAAGGAAUUGAACUCUUUUGUCAGACUGAAUUGCUCCAACCCGAUGGGAAGGUAGAACUGCAUAAUGCGAGUUCAGACUUGCGUGUCUGUAACACCAUCACCUUGGGUGGACUGCAGCCAUACACUGAAUACACAACUAGAGUACGCUGUGGGGCAGCUAAGCAUUUCUGGAGGUGGAGUGAAUGGAGCAAAGCCCGAACCAUCAGAACAAAUGAAACAACUCCAUCAGGGAAACUGGACAUCUGGAGAGAAAUUACACCAGUUCUGGGGGGGCGGAAUGUGACCUUGUUCUGGAAGCAAGGAACAAGUUUUCGAGCAAAUGGAAGAAGUAUUUCAUAUGAAGUAACCUGGGAAAAAGUAGAAGAUGGCUCUAAGCCUGAAAAAAUCUCUUUUUCAUCAGUCUACAAUAGCACAAGGAUUUCCAUUGAUAACCAUUCCUACAGAAUCAGUAUCAUAGCAAAGAACAAUGUUAAUUAUUCACUUCCUUCAGUAUUGAUCAUCCCUAGAGCUACAGGUAACAGCACUGAAGAGGUUAAAGAAGAACAGGUUAAUGGGACAGAUGAUGGCAUUUUUAUUUCCUGGGAGCCCAGACAUACAUAUGACAGUUACAUUAUUGAUUGGUGUAACUUUCCAAUGUUUCAGCCUUGUGAUUUGCAGUGGAAGAGAUUUGAGCCCAACACUUCCAGUGCUCUGAUCAACUCAGCUGCUUUUGUUCCGGGGGUGAGAUACAACUUCCACAUCUAUGGAUCUGUUGCUAAUAGUGCCUCUUUACUGGAGAAGAAGACUGGUUAUCUCAGGGAGCUACCUCCUCUGCCUGACCCUACUGUGGAAAAAGUUGAACUGUCUUUCAAUGCAGUAACACUGUCUUGGGAUUCCUACCACACAAAUGAGUCACAGCCUGGUUUUGUAAGAGGCUAUCAUGUUUAUGUGUCACCUACACAAGAGAACUGCAAUUUGAAAGGAUCCAAAAAACAUGUUCUUCCAGAUGAAUCAGUGCUAUGUAAAUACACGAUUGAAAACCCAGAGGAAAAGAGAUACACUGUGAAACACCUAUUGUCAAACACAAAAUACAAACUUGCGGUUAAAGCAUAUUCAGGUGGAGGAGAGACUCCCAUUGUUGACUUUAUAUACAUAGAUACACCGUUUAACUCAAACACGCUGUACCUUCUAGCCCUGCUAGUGAUAGUUCCAUCACUAGCAGCAGCUAUAUGCCGCUGGAAGAUGAAGUGGCUGAAGGAGUGGUGCUGUCCUGUAAUACCUAGUCCUAACAAGAGCAAAGUGCUGUCAUUCAAAGAGUUUAAGAUCGGUUCCGAGAAAGUAUUGGCAACAAGUGACUGCAUUCCUGACAUGCUAGCAGUGGACAAUAAGGUGGAAGCCCAGAAUUUACAUCCAUGGAGCCAGUUGUCUUCAAGGCCAACAGAAGAUAAGAUCAAUGGUCACAAUUCUUCCUGGAUUUACCCUAAUGAAAAUGAAGAGAGACACUUGACACCCAGACCUACACCUCAGAUGCAUACUUGGUUUGAAAAUUUUGCUUAUUCUUCUCUCCUUUCAGCUGAAUCCAAUCCCUAUCAAAUACCAGAGACCCUAGAAGCAAUCAAGCCAGAACUGGCAGCAGUGCUGUACCAGCCACACUACUACUUUGAUAUUUAUAAUGAAGAUGCUGCCUCGACACCCAGAGAAGCAGCUGGCAGAAAGACCAGCUUGAGAUAUAUUUCACAAACAGAUGUGCGCUGCCUAGGGAGAAGCCUUUGA